AUGCGCCGGAGAGCUCCGCAGGCAUCAUCGGAGCGCGCCAAGCCCAGGAGGGCAAGGCGGCGAGUAGCAUGCCAAGCGGGUAGCGGGAAGUGGGAUGGAUCUGGAUCGGAGUUCCCGAACCCCGCGGACCUUCCGCCAAAGGCGGCGGAGGAGGAGGCGCGGAUGGAUGGGGAAAGCCGCGCGAAGAGGAUCCGCGCGGAGGCGAGAAAGCUGCGAGAGGAGGAGGCGAUUAGGCUGUACGAGGCUCCCGGCGCUGCGCCACGCAAGCUAGUCGAGGCGGCGGUGGCGGAGGAGAUAGGGGUGGGGGAGGGGGAGGGGGAAGGGGAGGGGAAAGAGGAAGGGGAACGACUGGUGAAGAAAGCGGAAGCUUCUAGGCAACCUGCCGCUGCAGUGGGGGGGAGCAGGGUGAUUCAAGGGGCUUUAAGCGAGGAGAGGGAGGAAGGAGAGGUGGAGGAGGUGGAGGAAGAGGAGGAGGGGGAAGUGGAGGAAGAGGAAGAAGAAGAGGAGGAACUAGAAGAAGGCGAGGUGGAAGAGGAGGAGGAGGAGGAGGAGGAGGAGGAGGAGGAGGAGGAGGAGGAGGAGGAGGAGGAGGAGGAGGAGGAGGAGGAGGAAGACGAGGAAGAGAUGUACGAGGAAGACGAAGAGGAGGAGGAGGAGGAUGAGGAGGAGGAUGAAGAAGAAGAGGAGGCGUCGUUUGACAUGCGGAUGGUGACGGCAAUGGCGGAGGCGGGCGAGGAGGGGGGCGCGGGCGCGCUCACUCUCGCGGAGAUCCUGGAGGACGCGGGGGUGGAGGCGCUGGACGUGGAUGGGGACCUGUCGGUGGAGAUCACUGGCAUUCAGGCUGACUCGAGGGAGGUGAAGCCAGGCGAUCUGUUUGUGUGUGUGGUGGGGCAGACCACGGACGGGCACAUGUACGUGGGGGACGCGGCAGAGAGGGGCGCUGCUGCUGUCGUGCUCUCACGCGGAGACGUGGAGGUGGACGAGCGCGUGGACGCCGUGGUGCAGGUGGAGGACACGCAAGCAGUGCUGUCAGCACUGGCAGGUGCAUUCUAUGACCAUCCAUCAGAGAAACUUGCCAUGGUGGGGUUAACGGGCACGAACGGCAAGACGACCACCACGUAUCUCAUCAAGAGCAUUUACGAGGCCAUGAAGGUGCCUGCAGGCCUUCUCGGCACCAUCAGCUACAAGAUCAAGGAUCAGGAGCUAGAGGCGCCCAACACAACCCCAGACGCCAUCUCCCUGCAGCGCCUCCUUUCACAGAUGGUGGAGGCGGGGUGCGAGGCGUGCGUGAUGGAGGUGUCCUCGCACGCGCUCACCCUGGGGCGAGUGGAGGACAUCGACUUCGACGUGGCCGUCUUCACCAACCUCACGCGCGACCAUCUGGACUUUCAUGGCACCAUGGAGGCGUAUCGGGAUGCCAAGGCCAGGCUGUUUGACGCCAUGACGGAUCCUACUCGCCACAGGAAGGUGGUGAACCUGGACGACCCCCACGCGUCCUUCUUCAUGGCACGUGGCGGGGCAGACGUGCCAACGGUGACCUUCUCGCUGGAGAACACACAGGCGGACGUGCAUGCCCUCGAGGUCGCGCUCUCGCUCUUUGAAACCGAACUGCUCGUGCGCACGCCCCGGGGCGACCUGGAGAUCUCUUCCGGGCUGCUGGGCCGCCACAACGUGUCCAACAUCCUGGCAGCGGUAGCAGUCGGCAUUGCCAUCAACGCGCCCUUAGAAGCCCUCGUGCGCGGGCUGGAGGAGGUGGACGCAGUGCCGGGGCGGGCCGAGCUCGUGGACGAGGAGCAGGCGUUUGCUGUGGUGGUGGACUAUGCACAUACUCCUGAUGCGCUCAGUCGCCUGCUGGACACUGUUCGAGAAUGCGGUCCGAGGCGAAUCAUCACAGUGGUGGGGUGUGGCGGUGACAGGGACCGGGGCAAGAGGCCGAUGAUGGCCAAGAUAGCAGCGGAGAAGAGCGACGUUACCAUACUCACGUCCGACAACCCUCGCACCGAGGACCCCUUGGGCAUAUUGGACGACAUGCUGGCAGGCGUGGGGUGGAGCAUGGAGGAGUACAUAGAGUACAACCAGGCGGGGUUCAUCCCCCCCCUGCCCUCGGGGAACCGCCUCUACGUGUAUGACAUCCGUGGCAUUGCUGUGCGCGCUGCCAUCGCCAUGGCUGAUGAUGGCGACGCUGUGGUGGUGGCGGGGAAGGGCCAUGAGACGUACCAGAUAGUGGGGCAGGAGAAGACGUACUUUGACGACCGGGAGGAGUGCAGAGAGGCGCUGCAGCAUGUGGACGAGUUGCGCACGCACUUUGACACCUCGCAGCUGCCCUGGAGGAUUCUUGACAUGAGUGACAUGAAGGUCAUACCCGAUCCAGAUGCCAAUGCAUAUUAG